UCCGUGGUCUCUCUUUCCAACAACAGGCUAACCGGCGGCAUCCCGGCAUCCAUCGGGCGGGUACCUGCAAUGGAGGCACUAGACCUCCAUGGCAACCACCUCACCGGCUCCAUCCCCAUGGAGAUCGGAUUGCUGCGAAGGCUCACUGUUCUUGAUCUUUCAGAGAACAAGAUCUCCGGCGGCAUCCCCAGCUCCAUAGGCAAGCUCGAAAACCUGGUGGUUCUCUACUUGAACCAGAACCGCAUCACGGGAAGCAUUCCGCCUUCCAUCGCCGGUAUGGUCUCGCUGCAGUUCUGUAGGAUGUCGGAGAACCAGCUCACCGGGAGCAUCCCGGAUUCGAUCGGCGGCCUACCUAGCAUCGAGAGACUGAUACUGGAGAACAACAAGCUCACCGGUCAGCUGCCCGCCGCUAUAGGACGCCUCGCCACGCUCACGGACAUCUUCUUCUCCAACAACCGAUUUACCGGCAGGAUCCCUUCCAGCUUCGCCAACCUGGCCAAUCUGCAGACGUUAGACCUGUCGCGGAACCGCCUCUGUGGUCCAAUCCCCGCCGAGCUCUCCCGGCUGCGGAACCUCCAAGAGCUGGAUCUCUCCUUCAACUCCCUGAUGCACUUGGGCAGGCCGCCGAGCUGGCUCGGCCAGAUGAACAUAUUCAAGCUUGUCCUGGCGGACACAGGGAUCUCUGGUCCGCUGUCUGACUGGCUGUCGUCGGCGUCGUCCAUCUCGAUCCUCGACCUUUCCAGCAACGGACUGGUGGGGGAUCUCCCGCAGUGGAUCGGCAACAUGACCGGGCUCUCGUUGCUCAACCUCUCCAACAACGCUCUGCAUUCGGGGAUCCCGGAGGGGUUCAAGAACCUGACGCUGCUGAUGGACCUGGACCUGCACGCCAACGAGCUGUACGGCCGGCUGCGGGCAGUGCUGGCGAAGGGGACGCAGGACCCCUUGGGGCACUACCAGACGCUGGAUCUGUCGCGCAACCGGUUCACCGGGGGGCUUGACGAGGACGUGGGGGAGCUGGCCGCGAUGGACACAGUAGAGAGGCUAGUGGUGUCGCACAACCCAGAGCUUGGCGGCAGGAUACCGGCGUCCAUGUCGAGGCUGGCGGCGCUGAAGGAGGUGGGGAUGGCGGGGAACGGGCUCUCCGGGAGCAUACCUGAGGGCGUGCUGGACCUCGCGCGACUGACAGAGUUCGAUGUGUCAGAUAACAGGCUCAGCGGUCGGAUACCGCGCCAUCGGGCUCCCUUGACGGCGGAGGGCUUCAGAGGAAACACGGGGCUCUGCGGCGCGCCUCUCCCGCCAUGCAAGCUGUAGUAACGAGCCAAAGUACACAGGAAGGAGUCUCAGAUUUAAUUUUCCGAUGUCAAGGUGACGGAGAACAAAACAAAAGUUUCUUGUUUGACAAUUCAUGGAAACGUAAGAACGGCUUGCUCUUUUUUCUUUUU